AUCAUAUUUAUAUUUUCUGUCAAAAACUGAAUUCUUUUGCAAAAAAAAUAUUCUUCUACAAUCCAAAUCCAAAAUGAUUAUCAAAAAUUUUUCCAUUAUUGAUUAUUGUGUAUUUGUUGGUCUACUUGUUGCAUCAUCAUUUAUUGGAAUAUUUUUUGCAUGGAGAGCCCGUAAUUCACAAUCAUCAACCGGUUAUUUAACCGGUAAUCGAAAAUUAUCAAUAUUUCCUGUAACAAUGUCAUUGGUUGCCAGUUUUAUGUCAACAAAUACAUUGUUAGGUGUUCCGGCUGAAGUUUAUCAAGUUGGUACACAAUUUGCAAUGCAAAUUUUUUCAAUUAUUUUGGUCAUUAUAUUGGCUGCUGAAGUUUUUAUGCCAGUAUAUUAUGAUCUAGAAAUUGUAUCAAUUAAUGAGUAUCUGUUGAAAAGAUUUAAUUCCAAAAAUCUUAAAAUGGCCGGUUCAUUAGGUUUUCUCAUAGCUACUAUGCCGUAUAUGGCUGUCGUAUUAUAUGGACCAGCAAUUGCAUUAAGUUCCGUCACACCUGUUUCGAUUCCAACAUCAAUUUUGGUUGUUGGCAUUAUCUGUACAUUCUAUACAUCAAUUGGUGGAAUAAAAGCCGUUAUUUGGACUGAUGUAUUACAAUGUAUACUAAUGUUUCUUGGCGUUGCAAUUGUCAUCCUACAAGGAUUAAUCGAAAUUGGUGGAUUUUCAAAUGCAAUCAACAUACUUGAUCAGGGUGGACGUCUCAAAUUAUUAAAUUUUAAAUUUAACAUCUAUAAUCAUGAUAAUAUUUGGAAUGUUUUAAUGGGAUCAUCAAUUAGUUGGGGGGCAUGUUAUUGUGUUAGUCAGACACAAGUUCAACGUUAUUGUUCGAUGCGAUCGAAACAAUUUGCUAAACGUACAUUAUAUUAUAAUCUGCCUGGCCUUUUGUGUUUAUCAGUCAUGUCUAUAUUGAGUGGUGUCGUUAUCUAUGGCAAAUAUCAUGAUUGUGAUCCGGUCACAUUGGGUAUCAUCAAACGACAUGAUCAAUUGGUGCCAUAUUAUGUAAUGGAUACAUUGGCUAGAUUUCCUGGUUUGCCUGGAUUAUUUGUAGCUUGUGUAUUCAGUGGGUCAUUGAGUACAUUAUCAUCUGGAUUCAAUGCAUUAGCAGCUGUUACCUGGGAAGAUUUACUCAAAGAACGAUUCUCUUGGGCCGCUAAAGAUGAUUAUCGAUCUAUGAGAGCCGUCCGUUUACUGGCAUUUGGUUAUGGAUUAUUAGCCAUUAUUAUGUCAUUUGGUGUCGGAAGUUUAGGCACCGUAAUGCAAGCAUCAAUGUCAUUGUUCGGUUCGAUGAACGGACCGUUGUUUGGCCUGUUUAGCAUUGCUAUACUUUGCCGUUUUGUCAAUUCAAAAGGAGCAAUGGCUGGUUUUCUUUGCGGUUUGGCUGUUUCUUUAUCAAUUUCAUUGGGUGGCAUCCUUCAUCCACGACCACAUAUUUCUCUUCGUACUACCAUUGACAAUUGUUCAACAGAAAUUCGUGAAUAUUAUCUAUCACCAUCAUCGGCCAAUGAUCAUUUUUUACAGAUGAAUAGCCGUUUUCUAACAUCAUAUCAACCUGAAGGUGUGGGUAAAGUAUUACACAUAAGCUACCUAAUCUUUUCGGUAGUCGGUUUUGUUGUUUGUGUAGUAGUUGGUUUAACAGUUUCAUUAUUGACUGGUGGUCAUCAUGAAAAUCGAAAACUUGAUCAACGACUAUUAUCACCAAUCGUACGUAAUAUUUCAUUCCUUUCAAAUGUAAACUUAGAUGGAAAUUCCAAUAAUAAUAAUAAUAAUAAUAAUAAUAAUAAUAAUAAUAAUGUAAAGGUCGAUGGCAGCUUUAUUGAUCGAAAAAAUUCAACACAAAAACAAUCCGAAAAGAUUGAAAUGGGUAUCACUAAUGUUGCAUUUACUAAUGAUCAUGUUAAAUCAUAAAAAUUUAUUCAUUUUUAUUCACGCACACACACACACACAAAAUUUAUCAAAUUAAACGGUUUUAUUUUUUUCCAGAAAUG